GGUAACACACCACAUAGAGAGUCUAUUUUUCUUUUAUCAUCUAUUUAUCUGUCGGGGAUCGAGUGCUUGAGGAAGGGGCUUUCUGUGAGGACCAUUAAGGGGAAUUCUUAUUUCUACACGACUACGCAGCAGAAGACGAUUUGCUGAGGGUCCCCUGACAGAGCCAAACCUCCUGAUGUUGGCUGACAAUCAAGAGAUGUCGCCCUGAUUGCUUUUUUGUCGGGCACAGCUUUACGUUAGGCAAGAUGUCUACCACAGCAGAAAAUGGGAUGGGAGGGCCUUGGAGCACAAGCAGAGAGAAAACAUACAAAAAGACCACGUCAUCGGCUUUGAAGGGGGCCAUUCAACUUGGUAUUGGCUACACAGUGGGCAACCUCACCUCCAAGCCUGACAGAGACGUGCUUAUGCAAGACUUCUAUGUGGUGGAGAGUGUCUUUCUGCCCAGUGAGGGAAGCAACUUGACCCCAGCACAUCACUAUCCUGACUUUCGCUUCAAGACCUAUGCCCCGCUGGCCUUCCGCUACUUCAGGGAUCUGUUCGGCAUCAAACCAGACGACUACCUGUACUCCCUCGUAAAUGAGCCUCUGAUUGAGCUUACCAACCCAGGGGCCAGCGGCUCUCUCUUCUACCUAACCAGCGAUGACGAGUUCAUCAUUAAAACCGUCCAGCACAAAGAGGCCAAGUUUCUCCAGAGAUUACUGCCUGGAUACUAUAUGAAUCUGAACCAGAACCCACGAACAUUGCUGCCUAAAUUCUACGGACUGUAUUGCAUCCAGUCUGGAGGAAUCAACAUCCGACUGGUGGUAAUGAACAACGUGUUGCCGCGCUCCGUCAAAAUGCACUACAAAUACGAUCUGAAGGGAUCCACCUACAAGAGACGAGCGUCCAGGAAAGAGAGAGAAAAGGCCUGUCCGACCUUCAAAGACCUGGACUUCCAGGACAUGCAUGAAGAAGGGCUUUACUUUGACGCAGAGACGUACAACAACCUAAUGAAGACCCUGCAGAGAGACUGUCGGGUGCUGGAGAGUUUUAAGAUCAUGGACUACAGCCUGCUGCUUGGUGUGCAUAUCCUGGACCAGAGCCAGAGAGAGGGGGGUGAGCCGGGCCAGGCAGGGGGUGACGGGAGGAGACCUGUGGGUCAGAGGGUGCUUUACUCCACUGCCAUGGAGUCCAUCCAGGGAGACGGAAAGGCUGCAGAAGCCCUCACCACUGACGACACGAUGGGUGGCAUCCCUGCCAAAACACACAAAGAAGAAAAGCUGCUCAUCUUCCUGGGUAUCAUUGAUAUCCUACAGUCAUACAGGUUCAUUAAAAAGUUGGAACACUCGUGGAAAGCCCUGAUGUACGAUGGUGACUCAGUCUCGGUGCACCGGCCCGGGUUUUAUGCCAGCCGCUUCCUCAAGUUCAUGAGCACACGGGUCUUCAGAAAGACUCAGCCACUUCGAUUCUCCCCUUCAAAGAGGACUCGUACGUCCAUCACGGCUCUGAAGUCGUCCUCACAGGAGAUCCUGUCAUCGCAUGCAGAUGAGAGGAACAGGGAGGACAGGAGGGACAAGCUGGGAGGAGCUUACAGCCUAGCCAGUCUGGACGGACAAGCUGUGUUCGGCUCGUACCUGCGUCCAGAUCUGGUCCCUGCCAACCCGUCCUUCUACGAGGGCUCCUCCAUGGGAACCAUCUCCAACUCCUCCAUCUUUGUCAACGUGGACAACCAAACAGAGGAGAGAGAGGACGUUGCAUCCAGCUCCACGUUUACCCUGGAAGACAGUGCUAUCUGCCUCACUUCAGAGCAGAGCACCAUGGAUGUGGACAUAGACCAUGAUGACGGAUCUGUUCUCGAUGUCUACUUGUGAAAAGAGCAGCUUUACAACCUUUAUUUUUUCCUGCCAAUCAUAAGACAAUCGCCACACUUCAUUGGACUGGCCAGGCUGGCACUUGACUCCACUUCCAGUGCUGCUAGAUCCAUAUUGCCACUUGUAUUGCCAACACAGAAAAAUACUUAGAUCAUCCACUGGUUGAUGGACUAAAAGAAGACACCAACAGAGUCACAGUGAUGGACAUCUGCAGAAACCAUGUGACAUCAUGUAAUGUGAUAAACAUCAGGCUGAACUGAGUGUUGCUUUUUAAAGCAUGCGUUGACGCAGUGCCAUUGAGUUUUAUAUAUGUAUAAUGUUUUCAUGGCCUACACAAAGAUCUAAAUAUUUACUAUAAUGCAUACGAGGGGGAGGGUAGAUACAUUUCUUAAAAUGUUUUUUUUUCUACUGACCAGAAAGAAAUGAAAAAGCAUUUCAAAGUUUGCAACUGUACACGUUGUAGACCGAAAAGAAAUGUUUACAGUGAAUUUAAGAUGACAUCUUUGUCCUUGAUUAAAAGGGAUGCAACACUGUCACACAAAAGACACAAGCCAGCUCACAGCCAACACAGACGAGAAGAGACUCACACGAACAGACAUGUUGGAUUCUGAAGCUCCCGAGGCCAAACACAGACGUUGACGCGGUUAAAGAGUCCUCAUUAACCAAACGGGGCUGAUAUUUGUGCUGCCCUGACGGGAACCUGAAGCCCUGUUGAAGGGCUGCUGUAAGGUGAAGUGAGAAAGGACAGUUACUGGAUCUUGGAUAAAGCACAAAGCAGAGGGACAAUGGACUCGCUCUUGAUCAAAAGGCACUUUUGACAUUGGUUAUGAUUACUGUAGGAAAUACUUUUUCUCUGAAGAUGUUGCUUAGGUUGGUGGGCUACCUGACAUAAGCACAUAUUUGGAUAUGUGAAAGCACUUUUUUUCUCUUUUUACUCUACAAAUGCACACCUCUGUAAGUCCUUGAUACUACAAAGACAGUGAAGGAACUUUGUAGAUUAUUUUUGAUGUGGAGCUAAUAGUUUUGUGGGGUUUUCGUCAUGACUGAAGACGCUUUCACUCAGGAUAUCCUUUGAUACUGAAUAAGUGUGUCCUCUUCAAGAAGGAAGGAGACAUGCCUCAGCUGCCGAUACCUCUUCAUCAAGACCAUAUCCAACUAUAAAUGUUGAAUACCACGAUCACGCGUUGAUUGAGACCAUAAUUUAUUGUGUAAAUCUCAAUAUUUUACCAUUUGCUGAAAAAAUACUUUAAUCGCUGAAUGUAAAGACAAUGCAUAUUUAUAUUUAGAGACUCCUAUA